AGUCCGGUCCUCCGCUUCUCCUGGUUCCUCGUGCGUUCCACCGCCGGCAUGGCGCAUUACAACUUCAAGAAGAUUACGGUGGUGCCGUCUGCCAAGGACUUUAUUGACCUAACAUUAUCCAAGACUCAACGAAAGACUCCAACGGUUAUUCAUAAACAUUAUCAAAUUCAUCGGAUUCGACAUUUUUAUAUGAGAAAAGUCAAAUUUACUCAACAGAAUUACCAUGACAGACUGUCACAGAUUCUGUCGGAUUUCCCCAAAUUGGAUGAUAUCCAUCCGUUUUAUGCUGACUUGAUGAAUAUUCUCUAUGACAAGGAUCACUACAAGUUGGCUCUAGGUCAAAUAAAUAUUGCCAAAAACUUGGUGGACAAUGUUGCUAAAGAUUAUGUGCGUCUUAUGAAAUAUGGUGAUUCUCUGUACCGAUGCAAGCAGCUGAAGCGCGCGGCCCUUGGACGAAUGUGUACUAUUAUCAAGAGACAGAGGCAGAGCUUGGAGUAUCUGGAACAAGUACGUCAACAUUUAUCCCGCUUGCCAACCAUUGAUCCAAAUACAAGGACUCUGCUUUUGUGUGGGUAUCCAAAUGUUGGGAAAUCCAGCUUCAUCAACAAGGUGACAAGAGCAGAUGUGGACGUUCAACCCUAUGCAUUUACCACCAAAUCUCUGUUUGUUGGGCACAUGGAUUAUAAGUAUCUGCGCUGGCAGGUUGUAGAUACCCCAGGGAUUUUGGAUCAUCCUUUGGAGGAUCGGAACACCAUUGAGAUGCAGGCCAUCACAGCCCUGGCCCACCUCCGAGCUGCAGUUCUGUAUGUGAUGGAUCUGUCUGAGCAGUGUGGACAUGGGUUAAAGGAGCAGUUAGAACUCUUCCAGAAUAUCAGACCUCUGUUUAUCAACAAGCCUCUUAUUGUUGUAGCAAACAAAUGUGAUGUGAAGAGAAUAGCUGAACUUUCUGAAGAAGAUCAGAAAAUAUUUCUAGACUUGCAGGCUGAAGGAUUCCCUGUCAUCGAGACCAGUACCCUGACUGAGGAAGGUGUCAUUCAAGUUAAAACAGAGGCGUGUGACAGGCUUUUGGCUCACCGAGUAGAAACGAAAAUGAAAGGAAAUAAAGUGAAUGAGGUUCUGAACAGAUUGCAUUUAGCUGUGCCCAACAAGAGAGAUGAUAAGGAGAGACCCCCUUUCAUCCCAGAAGGAGUGAUAGCUCGAAGGAAGAGAAUGGAGAUUGAAGAGCCCAAGAAGAAGAGGGAGCGAGAUCUUGAGCUGGAAAUGGGAGAUGAUUACAUUUUGGAUCUUCAGAAAUACUGGGACUUAAUGAAUUCAUCUGAGAAAUAUGAUAAGAUACCAGAAAUUUGGGAAGGCCACAAUGUUGCUGAUUAUAUUGAUCCUGCUAUCAUGAAGAAAUUAGAAGAGUUGGAAAAGGAAGAAGAGCUAAGAACAGCUGCUGGGGAGUAUGACAGUGACUCUGAGAGUGAAGACGAGGAAAUGAUGGAAAUCCGACAGCUGGCAAAGCAAAUUAGAGAAAAGAAGAAGUUGAAAAUUCUACAGUCCAAAGAAAAGAAUAAACAGGGACCCAGGAUGCCCCGAACUGCCAAGAAGGUUCAACGGGCAGAUUUAGAGAAUGAGAUGCGUAGUCUUGGUGUGGACAUGGAUGAUAAAAACAAUGCCCACUAUGCAGUCCAGGCAAGAAGGUCUCGGAGUGUCACGAGGAAAAGAAAACGAGAAGAAUCUGUUCCACCCUCUUCCACAGCGCGGAGUCGCAGUUGUUCUAGAACUCCACGUGAUGUUUCUGGUCUUCGGGAUGUCAAGAUGGUGAAGAAAGCCAAGACUAUGAUGAAGAAAGCUCAGAAGAAGAUGAAUCGCUUGGGGAAGAAAGGGGAAGCUGAUAGGCAUGUGUUUGAUAUGAAGCCCAAGCACUUGCUGUCUGGGAAGAGGAAAGCUGGUAAAAAGGACAGGAGAUAAUGUCCUCUUCAGUUGGAACAGUUUAAGUAGACUCUUGGUUAUUUUGGGUGUGGUAUGGUGUGUUAUAGAAUUUGGAAUCACCAUCUGUUGACCAAAAGAAACAGUGGGAAUGACUUUUAAAUGCUUGCUGCUUUGCUGGAAACUGGCAAACCCUACUAAGUGUGCAGUGCUGUGCUCACUGCGCAGUUUGGGUUUUUAUGUCCAGUGCGUUCCGUACUUGAUGAGCUUCUUUCAGCAUUUUACAGAAAAGACUUAUUGGUGUACGGAGGCUGCGUGGGUGGAGGAAAACUGUUUUGUAGUGGGACUUUUGUCACCUAAAGUACCUAUUUUUGUUAAGAAAGUAUACCUGCUGGGAGGUCUAGGCAGAAGGCUAUCCUCCUUACAUUUAGGGUUUAUCAGAGCUUAAACUACUCUUAAAUUAUUUUCUAAACCUGUAGUACAAUGUAUCAUUGUAACUUCAACCAUUUUAUCCAAAGUAAACACCCAGCAAAAACAUAGUUUGAUGACUUACAUUUUGUUUGAUUUAAUUGCAAUACACUUGAUGACCAAAAGGGGUGGUGGUGGCAGGGAAUAGGACUUUGCUUUUUUGUUCUUAGAAUAAAAAAUAAAGGAAGUAAGUGCCUGGGGUAUAGGCUCAAAACCAAAAAAAAAAAAAAAAGAAGAAAGAAAGAAAGAAAGAAAGAAAGAAAGAAAGAAAGAAAGAAAGAAAAUGUCUUCUUUCAUAAACACUUGCUGAAUUAAGAUUGAUGUCCUGGAAAGUACAAAAACAUCUACAAGCGGGAUCCCGGUGUACCUGGAAGUGCAGCCCUGUCCUCAGAUUAGAGGAUAAUCUUCAGACAGUCAGUGCUUCCUGUUAGGCUGCAGCUUCUGGCCUUUAUGAGAAUCCAGCGACUACCGACGGAUUACGUACUCUAGCCUAAGAUUCUUUGGACUCUAUUGAGACCUCUUUUUUAAAUUGGCUUUCUAAUGUGUUUUAGUUCUCUGAAGAAGUUUGAUGUCUUGAUCUUUUUUUUUUUUAAUGUCUAGAUGAUUAAAGUCUAUAAUCAUUUCUAUGCCUAGUAACUUAAUUAAAUCAUAGAAUUAGUCAUGUAACAGAAGUUCUAGACAAGGCUUUUUUCUUAAUGGAACUUGUAUUUAUUAAAAUGUCUGAGACAUUAGUGAGAAAGGGUAGAGAGACUGGAAAAAUUAAUGAGAGGAGGAAAACAAGGCUUAGCUAGAGUUUGUAUUUCCCUUGGCAGAAGUCAGGAAAAUUCAACAUAAAUUAUGAAACCAAGAUUGUUGACAUACAUAAUACUGGUUUUUCUAAAGACAUCUCAGCUGUUCAAUACAAAAGAAUUAAGCAUAUUUAGGAACAGAAUGUUUGUGACCUUGAGCUGAACUGUGUUAGGCGUCAGUUCUCAUUGCUGUUAGGACUAGGAAGAGGUGGCUGUGAAUGCUGGCUUGGUACGUAGGCUGCCUUUCUGCCUACCAGGUCCUUUAGCGGUGCUGGUUGCUAGCAGGAGAAGCAGGGGUGUUGUGAAGGUUCAGCAGCGUCCCCUCCAGAGAGACACUAACAAGGAAAAUGUUAGAGGACCCAUUCUGAUUGUAAGCAUACACAACAAGGUAAUAGUAAUAACAUUGUGAUACUGUCAUAAUGACAGCCAUACAGACUGUUGGAACAAAGUAGACAACUCAGAAAUAGGUAUACUAAAAAAUGGACUGGAACUAACCGUGGGCAAAGGACUCUUUCUCCAGCAGCCAUUUUGGGAAAUGUUAACAUAUAUGGUCAAAAGUUGGACUCUACACCCCACUAGAUACAUAAAUUUUUAAAAGCCUAAGUAUAAGAUCCCUAAAACUACAACGUUUUAAAGAAAAUGCUAAAACUAUCAUAACAUUGGAUUUGACAAUUUCUUGGCUGUGACAUCAGAGUUAUAGGCAGGAAAAAAGAAAGUACAUAAACAGGACUCGAUUAGAAUUCUGUAGGAGACUGCCUACAGAAUGGGAGAGCAGGUUUGCAAGUGUGAGUAAUACAUGGUUUGUAAAUUCAACAGUGACCAGCUCAAGUAUCGGCAAAAGUCUUGAAUAUCUAUUUUUCCAAACAAGAUAGUCAAGUGCUCAGAUAGCCAUACGAAAGCAUCUGGGGUUCACCUAAUCGUUAGGGAGAGUCAGCGAGAAGCACGACUGAGCACCAAGACGGUCAGAUCAAACAACAGCCAAGAAGGGGCAAGCACAGAAAGCCAAGCAAAUCCUUCCCUUGUAGUUCUUCCCUCGGAUGUUUGGUACAGUGCUUACCUAACAUGGAACACACAUGGGGAUAGACAGUCAACACCCAGGUGGCUGUGAGAACGCUCACCAUGCCUAGCUGCUUAUCCUGCUUGAUACUCAGAUAAGUAUCCUCCCUUGAGAAACAUAACUAACCAUAUUGUAAAAACUACCUCCUUCGUUUUUAGUUCUUUUCUAAAGAUAGCAGUCAAUCUUGUUUGUAAGAGUGAUGAUAUCAUGUUUAUUCUAUUCCUGGGGUUUAAUACAUAAAAAGAAAAAUGUUUAUAACCAGAAAAUGUAAUUAUUUUUAACUAGGUUACUCUUUGUUCACUAGAUUUAGAUUUUUCUCUAGAUCUGUCUGUGAUAAUAUCACUAAUACAGUGAUCUGAAGUUAGGGUCUAUUUCCAUCAAGGUAAAAACCAUUGCUCAGCCAGGGGGUGGUGGCCCACGUCUUUAAUCCCAGCACUUGGGAGGCAGAGGCAGGUGGAUUUCUGAGUUCGAGGCCAGCCUGGUCUACAGAGUGAGUUCCAGGACAGCUAGGGCUACACAGAAAAACCCUGUCUCAAAUAAACAGAAAACAAUACCAAACCAUUGUUCACCGUGGGGUGGGUGUGAUGUUUAUUGUUUGUUGACUACAUGGGGAAUUAACAAAAACCCAAAUUGGAGAGCACAUAGAGCUGUGAGGGAUUUUUGCUUAAUUUGAAGUUGGAAGGUGCUAGGUUUUGAGGUCAGAAGACACACCUUUAAUCCAGAUCUUUUGAUAAGGGAAGACAUAACCUCUAAUUAGGGUUGCACCUUCUGCUGGAAGCCUAUAUAGGGACAUAGAAGGAGGAGUCUUUUGCUCUUUGCCUACACCAGCAAGUCCAUUCCUUCAUUAGCAUUAGAGCCAGCUUUUUUUUUUUCAUAUACCAAUGUUUUCUUUUAAAAUGUUUAUUUUUGCCGCUAAUUAAGUAUACGUCUGCGUGUCUAUUGUAGGGUAUGCGCAUGUGAAUGAAGAUAUCUGCAUAGGAGUCAGAGGUGUUGGGUUGUAGCUGAAACUACAGGUCCUUGUGAAACACCCAAUAAUGGUUCUGGGAAUUGAACUCAGGUCCUUUGCAAGUGCAGCAUACAUUCUUAACUCCUGAGCCAUCUAGAGCCAGCUUCUUUAGGAUUCUAGCAUAUACCAAAGACCAAGUGAGAAAUCCAAUCUCAUAGACUGAACAAUUACUGAGGUCUUGUACCUUCUGUACAUAGGCAGCCAUUAUUGGAUUAUCUGGAAUACAGCGUGUAAAUCAUUCUAAUGAAUCCUGUGUGUGUGUGUGAAGAGAAUCAUUCUUUAAGCUCUGUUACUUUAGAGGUCCCUGACUAAGGCAGGUGGGAACAUUACUAACAUGGUCUUAGCAACUGCACACAUCUUGUCUAUUCCACAUAAGGAUGGAGGAUGCGAGGUAAGUGACCUCAACACUGCACGGAAGCUAUUUAGGGGGAAACAAAGAUUUGCAAUCAGCCUUAGAAGGUCAGAGAUGACAGAAAAAAGUCUUGGAUUCUUCCUGGGAAUUCCAGUGCAAAAAUUGCUGAAUUUAAAUGUUGCAGCAGAACAGGGGUGAUGGCAUAAAAGACAUCCUGGAGUUUCAAUUUUUUUUUUUUAAUUUUUCAAGAAAAUUGUCUAAGCUUGGUGUAAAAGCUUGGCACAUGGUUUUGAUUCCAACACCUGGGAGGCAGAAGUAGAUGGAUUUUUGAGUGGGAUGCUAGCCUGGUCUACAGUGAAUUCCAGGACAGUCAGAGCUAUAUAGUAAGGCCCUGUAUUGGCAAAAAAAAAAGAAAGAAAAGAAACAUAACUAAUAAAAUUACUGGUAGCAAGGAGUCUAAGAAGCAAUGAAAUAGAAGGCUGAUUUUGUUUUCUCUUCACUAGAAAUCAGUGAGGUAAACUGACCUUUUCCAGGUUUUUUGAUGACUGAACCUUUUAGCACAAUUCUCAUAGUAAAGAUUAUGACCUUUGGUCAUUAUUGAUAAAUAUAUUCACAAUAACAUUUGACCAAGCAAAUGUAUCCCUUGAUCCACACCAACGAACGUUAAAUUGUUUGACUUUGCCACUGUUUUAUGCAUAGAAGAUAGACUUAAUGCUUGGUGCUGGGGCUCAGCGCUGGCUUAGGUAAAAAUACAGCAGGAAGUACUUGAUUAUGCUCAUCAGCUCCACAAAGAGUCCUUGUGGAAUCUGUGAACCCAGUGAAAACCAAGGAAGCUCUUUGUUAUCCAUAUCCAUAUCCAUCCUCACUCACCAUAUGCCACCUGGAGAGAGAACCUUGGACAGGUGAGCCUGUGUUACCCAUGGGAGAGUGGUGUCACCAGGGGAAGGUUUUAGGAGAAAACUGACACUUUCCAUAGAUGAUAUUGAAAAAAUUUAAGAGCUGGAGAGAGAGAAGCAAUUAAAAUGAAGAGCUUGAAUUUUAGUUUAGUGCAAUUAAAGGAAAUUAGUAUUCAAGUUUCUGUUAAACAUGACAGUUUUAACCAUGGGUUAGUAAUGAACCCAACUUUUUCUUUCUUUUUUUUUUUUUUAAGAUAUUUUAAAUUUUUAUGUGUAUGGGUUAUUUGCCUGGAUCUGUAUGUAUACCACAUAAUGCGUGCCAGGUACCCACAGAGGUCAUAAGAGGGGUAAGAUCCCCUGGAACUAGAGUUAUAGUAGUGAGCCACAAUAUGAGUGCUGGAAUGGAACCCCGGACUCAUGCAGGAGCAUCGUAGUUACUGAGUCAUUUUUCAACCCCAUUCCCUGCUUCGAACAUUACUUUUUAUAUCCCUCAGAGUCGAUAUAUCUUUUCACACACAUCCUCAAAAUAAGGCCAUCAAGGGAACAGGAAGUCCUCUACCAUGCUUCUGAACUGUGUGGCGAUCUCUUCUCACAGGCCUCCCUGUCCAGUAGCUCCUGCACGUCCCAGCUCAUAUACACCACUUCCCUGGUAUCUGGGUUUAGCAUAAGGUAUUUUCUCACCAACAGAAAGUAGCCAAUCUCAUGAUCUCCCCAGACCGCAUCUGGCUGGCACUUGUGGUAUUUUCGGGUCAUUAAGAUUAUUUCCUUUAUGAAAAUUGUUGGAGUUCGUCAAAAGACCCUCACUCACAAAGACCACAGAGAUUGCCAUCGCUGCAAACCACAUGAGGAUUUUUAUUGAUCCAACAUGUUGGGGACUCCCCUCUCAGCAUGCAGGCCAGAGGAGAGACCCAGAACAAAGAACACACUUAUAUCUUGUUAUGGUGAUUUCUCUGAAAACAGCUAAUAUUAUUUUGGCAGUUGCAAGCUUAGUCAUUUUGACUGCUAAAACUUUUUACAUUUGUUUAGCCAGCUUCUUUAUCUGUCUCUGUACUUUGCCUGCUAGUACAGUUUGGAAAGUCCUUCUUGAAGGGGGAAGGUACUGGGUGGUCUUGAAUUUAUUUUGGAUAUUAAAAAGUAUAUUUGGAUAUUAAGAAGUUGGAACUGUAUUAAUUCAGUAAUAGAGAAACUGGACAUUUAGAUAGAAGGCAGCUCAUUUUUUUUCCCCUCAUUCCCUUCAAGGGUGCCACACAAGCACUUAAGCUUAAUUAGAUGAUAGGUAGAUCACAGUGAAGAGGGCACUGACCCUCUUGGGUUUCAUUUCCUGGCCACUAUGGUUUCCUUUUUCAUUUACAAUGAAGACCAUGUAUAUACAGGAUGCAAACCCAGUUAUGUACAAUAGGACAUACAAGUAUGUAAAAGAUUUCAGAAUGGAAAUGAAAACACUGGAGGGCUGAUGAUGGUUGCACAUGCCUUUAAUCACAUACUUCUGAGGCAGAGGUAGGCAGAUAACUGUGAGGGUGAGGUUCACCUCUACAAAGCAAGUUCCGGGACAGCCAGGCUUACUUACACACACACCUCCUAUGAAAAACAGCAAUCACCACUCAAGCUCCAGUACAGUGGCUUGUUUCACAGCAAGUCCUGUGGACCAGGAUUGGGCACUUCCACAGGAAAGCUGUUUCCUAUGCAAGACAGAGCCAUGUUAGCCCUGCAGCUACUUCCUGAGUUAGCAUUUUGGUGGAUGAAACUAGACAGCACUGUCAUAUGACAUUAUUCCUAUUAAAAGAUCCCUGAGCACAUGGAGAGGUACACUGAGCCCCAUGCUGGAGUGAGUGGGUACCUGGUCAUGAGAGAUGCCCAGCUCAGCCUGCAGACGUCUCAGGACUGCACUCCUCACUCAUUUGAACGGGUGUUGGGAACUUAACUGAGAUACUCUGGAAGAGCAGUGAACACUCUUAAUUGCUGAACUAUCUCCCCUAGCCUCUAACAUGUCCACAUUUAAAUAUUAAAAGUUGGCAGUGGCUCAUUAUCUCUACGUGACUCUACUAACAAUAAAUAUGUAGUGAGUGGAUGUAUGUACUAAAACAUUGUGGGGUUGUAGAUCUUAAAUUUAACUAGAAACUCCAGAUUGCCUGACAAUCAUGCUGCUGGUUCUUCACUUCCUUGCUUUUAUUUUAUACUCAUACACACACACACAGCACUCUGUAAUCCCGCACUAUUUGCAAAAAGUGGAACAUAUUUGUAGAAAAAUUAAAAAUAUUUUGUAUGGUGUGCUGUUGAGCAUUCUUGUCAACUUCUUCUUGGAGAAGAAGGAACUUCAGUUGAGAAAAUGGCUCCAUAAUAAGAUCUGUAGGACAUUUUUAAAAUGAGUGAUUAAUGGGGAGGGCCCAACCCAUUGUGAGUUGAACUACUGCUGGGCUGGUGGUCCUGGGUAGCAUAAGAAAGCAGGCUGAGCAAGCCAUGAGGAGCAAGCCAGUAAGCAGCACCCCUCCAUGACUUGUGCAUCAGCUCCUGCCUCCCAAGUUCCUGCCCUGAUUUCCUUCAGUAAUGAAAAGUGGUUCAGAAGCGUAAGCCAAAUAAACCCUUUCCUCCCUGAA